AUGACUCGCCUUCUUAACAAAGAACUUGUCGAACAAAUUUAUACACCAGAGAUCGCUAUUCAAGGAUGCUUCAAGGCGUUCUCCAUCAUUUCCCAUAAGAAAUUCACAGCUCCAGUUAGAACAAACUUAAACACAGGCCCACAAGAACUUCUUCUCAUGCCAUGCGCUGUUCAUGAAGAAGAUAGAACAGAUCUUGCCAUUAAGAUUCUUUCUGUCUGCCCAGGAAACAGAGCAAAGGGACUUAACACUAUCCCUGGAAAAUGUCUUGUUUAUGACAACGAAACCGGCGCUCUAAAUGCAAUCAUGGAUGGAUUUAUGGUUACAUUUAAGAGGACAGGUGCCACAGCUGGCGCAACAUCGCAAUUGCUUCAUCCAGCUCCAGCUACAAAUGUUGUUAUUUUCGGAUGCGGUGCACAAGGUUGUGCAGGCAUUGAAUCAAUUAUUCAGGCUCAUCCUGAAGUCAAAAACAUUACUGCUUUUGACUAUAACAAUACUUCUGCCGUUGGAUACUGCAAGAGACACGCCGAUAAGGACGGAACUCGCAACUAUAUAGUUGGAGAAGAUAUUGAAAAAGCAGUACGUGAAGCAGAUAUCAUUCACUGCGCCACAACAUCCAAGACUCCACUCUUCAAGGCCGAAUGGGUUAAGGAGGGUGCACAUAUCUCAGCUAUUGGUGCUUACAAACUCGAUAUGCGCGAGCUUCCAAACGAAAUCUUCGGAAGAGUAAAUGUCAGAAUAUUUAUCGAUGAAUUCGAAGCAAUGAGAGAAGAAGCUGGUGAUGUUAUGGAUGCAAUCAGAAGCGGAUUCAUCACAGAAGAUAAGAUUUAUGAAUUUGGAGCCGUCGUUAAUAAAGAGAUCGAAGGCAGACAAAAUGAGAAGCAAAUUACAAUUGCGAAGUUCGUCGGACACGCAGCACAAGAUACGGUUGCUUCUCAAAUUAUUUAUGAUAUUGCCAAGGAAAAGAAUCUUGGUGUUGUCGUUGAUUUUUAA